CCGCUCCGGCCCCGCCUCAGCCGCGGCGGGAGGGAGGAGCCGCGCCGCGAUGUGGCAGAGGUCGGUGUGCGUGGGCCUGCUGGCCCUGGCGCUGGGCUACCUGUGCCUGCUGGGCCCUGAGCUGCCCGGGCUGCCGGGCUCGCUGCUGGGCGCGCUGCGCUGGGGCCGCUCGGCCGAGGGCCGCACGCUGGCGGGCUGGCAAGCGGCCAUAGUGCGGCCGGCCCGCGCCUGGGCGCGCGUCGCCGUCGGCGUCAACGCGUGCGUGGACGUGGUCCUGUCCGGCGUGAAGCUGUUGGAGGCGCUGGGUCUGGAACCCGGCGAUGGAAAGAACCACGCGGUGCUGACGUCGGGACAGGACCUGAGGGAGGCGUUCGCUCACUUCAUGGAGAAAGGGGCGGCCGCCGAGCGCUUCUUCAGCGACGCCGACGCCUUCCACCGCAUCGCGCGCGCGGCCGCCGAGCACCCCGGCGCGCAGCUUUAUGUGGGAGGAAAUGCUGCUCUCAUCGGUCAGAAGCUUGCGACAAAUCCAGAGCUGAAGAUCCUCCUCUGUGGCCCAGUUGGUCCAAAACUCCACGAACUACUGGAUGACAACGUGGUUGUGCCACCAGAAUCCAUGCAGGAAAGAGAUGAAUUCCAUCUUAUCUUGGAGUAUCAAGCAGGUGAAGAGUGGGGCCGAGUGCGAGCGCCCAACGCCAACCGCUUCAUCUUCUCCCACGACCUUUCCAACGGCGCCUUAAACAUGCUGGAGGUGUUUGUGUCCAGCCUGGAGGAGUUUCAGCCGGAUCUGGUGGUGCUUUCAGGACUUCACAUGAUGGAAGGGCAGAGCAAGGAGGCGCGACAGAGACGGCUUAUGGAGGCUGUGGCCUCCAUCUCCGAUAUCCCCACAGACAUCCCCAUACACCUGGAGCUGGCCAGUAUGACUGAUCAGGAUUUUAUGAGCAACAUCGUGCAUCAGCAGGUCUUUCCCCUGGUGAACUCCCUGGGGCUGAACGAGCAGGAGCUGCUGUUCCUCACGCAAGCGGCCGCCGGUCCCCACGCGUCCCUCGCGGCCUGGAGCGGCGUCCCCGACGUGGGGGUCGUCAGCGACAUCCUCUUCUGGAUCCUGAAGGAGCACGGCAAGACGGCCGAGAGGGCCUCGGAUCUCACGCGGAUCCACUUCCACACCCUGGCUUAUCACAUCCUGGUCACUGUGGACGGCUACUGGGGCAACCAGGCGGCCGCUGUGGCCGCCGGGGCGAGAGCAGCGGGGACUCAGGCCUGCGCCACGGACACCAUCGACACCAGCAAAGUCUUUCUUAAAGCUCCUUUGGAGUUUGUGACCUCCCAGCUGGAGGCACCCGCCAAAAUCUCAUUAAACCCAGACGAGCCCGUGGUGCGCUGGCACAGAGAAGGCAUCUCCUUCCACUUCACUCCCGUUUUGGUCUGUAAAGAUCCCGUGCGGACCGUGGGGCUUGGGGAUGCGAUUUCAGCCGAAGGACUGCUGUACUCAGAAGUGUAUCCUCAGUAGAAGACCAAGACGCUCCCUUUUCUCCGAUGUCUGAGGAUCCACUGUGUCCUCGUUAGGAUUUCAGCAGUGGUGAAAAGGAAUAGGAACAGAAUUGGGGUGUGUUUUCUGGAUAAAACUGAAAAAGAGCCAAAGAAUAAUUCCAGGUAUAAACAGAUACAUUCCAGUCACUUGGCAGUGACUCGAACACUUCACAGUUAGGUGCAGAUGUUUUAGUAUAUAAUGUGAAAACUGGCUGGGCUUUGUCUUAAGCGUGUGGGGAGGAAAACGAGCAUCGAAAUCCCUGUUUGGCUGAGGUUUGUUUGUAGCUGUGCACGGGCCGUGUCUGUGGGUGCUGGGAGACUUUCCUGCGUGAGGAUCCCAGGGAGAGCACAGCGUGAGAGAUUAAAAAUAAAAGGCUGUUGCGUCGUUAUCUCCCCACAGCACGUUGCUCUGUGGUGAGAGCAAACCUCGCGCUCGCUCGGUGUGAUGAUGAAAUGUUUCACUGAUGAAAUGACCUCUCGACCUCAGUGUCCCCAGCGCUGGAGGGGGCCAGUCCCAAAAUGUGAUGCUGUACCUGCUCCUUAAAUACACAGACAAAACCUGA